AUGAGAACGAAUAAUUCUCCCGAAGCUUAUCAUCGAAGAAUUGGCUCAGUAUUUCAAUGUGCUCAUCCAACGCUAUGGGUUUUUCUUCAAAAAUUAAUCGAUGAAGAAACUGGAACUCAUGCGGAUAUUUUACAGAUCUGUGCUGGUCAACCACCAAAAAAGAAAAAAAUAAAUGAACGAUUCGAAAGACGGCUGCUGAAUCUUCUAGCGAAUCCUCAUCGAGAUGUUUUGGUUCAAAUUGAUUCAAUUGCUUACAAUAUUUCAUUGUAA